AUGGAUACAAAACUUGGAGUCAAUCUUGUGCACAAGAGACUGCGGCUAUUUCUGGUUCGGAUGAGCACUGAGCUGCGAGAUGUUGAUGAUGCACUUACACAAGGGAGUCAUGUCAUACAUACUGUGCCGGAGGCAGGGCGUUCGGAGGUUCUCUGCGGGAUCGUCCCCCCUCCAACCGUCAUGAGGGCCUCACUGCCUCACUGGUACUUGAGACUAAAAGAUAGCAUUGCAUCUGGAAUCGAUUUGCCCCUGCCUGAAGAUUGGGUCGAAGACUGUCGAAGAUCGAUGUACGCAAACUUUAUCAGUCUAUCUUCCAAGCUGGCAAUGUUAACUGGGGCUCCAGAAGACCAUGACCUUCCUAGCAAGGAGUGGUGA